CAUUAGAUCGCAAGACUGAGAACAGCAGAGGUUGCCGUUACUACUAAUAGCGACACCAGCAAGGGUUCUCCCAUUAAUCUAUUAUGUCUCUGCCUACGCAACUACAGUAAAAGGACCGAUAGACUACAUUGUACAAGGGUUAAAUUAACAUAAUUGUACUUUCAAUAAAUAAUAGAGAGUGAAAUUAAUUAACAGUAUAAUUCAAGGUUUAAAUAUAGUCAAUACAAUUUUGGGGACGGGAUACUUUGGAUAUUGUGUCACAAUCGAUAUUAGCCGAAUUGAAUGCCUGAACCAAAGUGGGUUGGUGAAUGUCCUUUUAUUGAUAUGUGAAUGACCAAGAUGAUGAUUACCCUUCUAUUUGUAGUCUUUAUAACUACUGACCCAGUCUCAGGUUUUCUCUGUCAACAGUCUUGCACAGACAGUCACGAUGACAUCCAGUGUGCUCUUCCCACAUCAUGUAGGCCAAGGUCUCAUGAAGGUCUUUGUCAAGGUCAACAAUGCAUAGAACUGAACAUUGAGAACAUGGGCAGCCAAGUCCUACAGAAAACCAUAAUUGAUAGAGAAGAGUCUAAUCUGAAAAUAUCAAGUGUCAAUCUGGUGGGAGGACCUGCUGGUCGAGCUCAGUGUGCGCUGGGAACUGCCAUCUGGUUCAAUUCCACAAGUCUCUUUGCUCAGCCCGGAUGUGACGUCAAGCUUCAAGUCUGUUUACAUCUUCAUUACGGAGACACACGUGACUUCAACAGUGCUGAAGGGGACUGCAAGUUUGUACAAUUGAAGAACGAAGGUCCAUUAAACAUUGUUUCAGUGGACCACACGUCCAAGGUUAUUUCAUCAAUGACUUUUGUCAGCGAAUCAUUGUAUAAUAACGACAAGUGCGUCUCUGGAAAGACUUUUGGCUUUUACAAAUGGUACGCCUACACUAGCAAGGGAUGUUCUGGCAGCUUUAAGAUUUGUUUUGCAGGGACCUCGGAUGACAACUACACCAAACGUUAUAAAGGAAGGCCCCAGCAUGAUUACAAACAGCCUUUCACUUGUACCAAUAUUAGACUCCUGAGUCGAAUCAACCGUCCAGUAGAGAUGAGAAUAACUGACCAACACCACCAAGAGGUGACCAUUAAGUCGCUGGUGCUGGCAGAGGAAGACUCGGACAAUGACUGCAUCCAGAACGUCACAUACAGCUUCUCGGGCGACACCGUGCGCGCGUGGAGCGGGUGCCGUGGGACAUUUCACAUGUGCUACUUGUCCCUUGGCACUCACCGUAUGUGAAUAUUGAUUGCUUAUCCAACGACAAGAAAAGAAUAAAUUAAAAGUGUUUUGGCAAUAGAGACAAAAGUUGACAAGUUUAAUAUAAAGAGUAUGUUGUUGAUUUAA